AAAGCACUCAUGAGAACCACAUGACUUCCUGGGACAUGGCUAGGUAUAAAUAAAAUGAACCUCCACACAGAACGUUAAAUGCCUAUGAAAAUUUCUAAAAUACACACGUUUAGAAAAACCAACCCAAAUCUCAACUUUAAAUGGUGAAACUUGUUAGAAACCAUGUUUACACAAUUUCUAAAAGUUCCUGCUUGUGCUUCCUUAAUAAGAGUUCCUCUUUACUUCUUCCUUUCUGAAAAAGGAGGACAAAGAAGGCUGUCCUCUUGAGUACAUGCCCAGCACAUGCAGAGUGAUGGGCCCUGUGAGUACAAGCAAGAUCGGCCUCCCGCUGAAAAUCAGCCUGAUCCUAUUUCAUGUCGGUGUGGUGGGCGCCUGCACUGUCUCUGUGGUGCAGCCUCGUUACCUAGAGGUGGACUACACUUCUGAGACUGUCACCUUGGAGUGUACCUUUUCCACAACUGGAUGCUCUUCAAAGCAACCAAGAAGCCUGUGGUUUCGCUGUGGCGCUCAUCAGCCUGAGGCUCUGUGCUUGGAUGGAUGCAGGAAUAAGGCAGACAAGUUCACAGUGGAAGAAACCCUGGACCAGAACCGAGUCUCCCUCACUGUCAACAGGGUGUCUCCAAAUGACAGCGCAAUUUACAUCUGUGGAAUAGCAUUUCCCCAUGAGCCAGCACCGAGAGCUAAACAGACUGGAAGCGGGACUACACUGGUGGUAAGAGAAGGACUUCUCAGCAGGGAGGUGCAGAGUCUCCUGAUAGUGAUCAUAGCACUGUUCUCCGUCUACAUCACCGGGGUGUGUGUCAUCUUCAUAGUCCUCUUCAGAUCAAAAUCUAACAGUUCGAGAAGCAGAGAAACCAAAGAAGACUCACAAAAGAAGAGUGCUCGGCGCAUCUUUCGGGAAAUUGCUCAAGAAUUAUACCAUAAGAGAUAUGUGGAAACAUGCCAACAACCUGAGAGAGACGGCACUUACGAAAACAGAAGAGCACUUCCCACCUCUGGAAGACCAUAGAGGCACUUACUCUCUACCGCCGCGUGAAUGGGCACAAAUCAAUCAAAGCACCAAGGAGAGCUGGGGCACAGCUUAGGUGGCAGAGCGCUUGCCUAGCAGGCACAAAGCCCUGGGUCUGAUCCCCAGCACCACGUAAACUCAGCAACGUGACACAAUGCCAUAAUCUUGACAUUUUGAAGGUUGAAUAAAGAGGAUCAGAGGUUCAAGGUCAUACUUGAGUACAGGACGAAUUUUAGGCCAGAGAUAAAUGUCACCCUGUACCAAAACAACUGCCACCAUCAAAAGAAAAAGAACAAGUGGAAAAGACGGCCAGCCACACCAGAAGGCAGAGCGUAAGAAACUGUCACUAGCAGUAACUACAAAAUGAAAACCUCAAAAAAUUUCAACUGGAGGAUCUCUUUUUCUACUUUUCCAGGAACAGUCUAAAGAGCCUCAUCUUAAAAACACAAAAACAAAACAAUAACAAAAAAAACUUCAUCUUAAUAGUCUUUUAAAAUUGUUAUGUAUAUCCUGUCAGUUCACUCAACGUAGUAGAUAUGUGACGGCCACGAACCUGGAGAAGGCUUAGAGUUCAACCACAGAUCUGAAUUCUGCGGGAAUAAGUGUCUUCCUGAGCCGUGGGAAUGACGAAACAAUGAGAAUCAAGGACAAAAGGAGGGAGGAGAAAGUCAAUUUUUGAGUAACAGAAAUUCACUGUAAAAAGUAUCUUGGAACAAAAAUCAUUUAUUCUGAUACUGAAAUGGAGCAAUGGGCAGUGCACAUUCUCUUGCUGAAGUAUGCAGAACAACCAAGAAAAGCAACACCAAAAGAGAGACUAGAGGAAGAAUACAAAUCGGGAAACCCAAAGCAGAUCAGAAAAUGCCUCAGAACAAAUGCAUACAACUGACUCUAGAUGUCAGUAAGUAUGGUGACAAAGACUUCAGACCCACGGAGUGCCAGGACCACUAGUGAGUUUGGAUGGAGGGCCUGGUACAGCAAGGUCCUCACUAUUUCACUAAGAGGCGUGCCAUGGAUUGUUCUUUGAAUAUAAAGUACUGACAAGCUCACAUUGCUCACUGAAUUCAAUCACAGUGUAUUCUAUCAGUAGUUUCUUUUAAACAGGUACUAAAUGCCACACACUCUUCUUAAAACACAGAUACAGUCAGUCCUCACACACUUCAAAGUUUCUUUGGAAGAGUCUGACCCUGGUGGUUCAAAUCAGUGCUAUCCUGAUAACAUGUGUCCCCAAAACAGGAAAGAGCAGGUGACCUCACUUUACUUGUGUACACACGCACACACACGAGUACACAUGUAUUGUGUGUAGUAUAUACAUAUGUAUAUGUAUGUUAGCAACUGCAAAAGGAAUAAA